AUGCCCAUCAGCGGACGACGCCUCCUCGUCCUCACCCUUGCGAUCCUCGUGUCGCUCCCGCAGGCCGCCCCGCCACCGCUCCUCGGACCGUCCGUGGACGUGACCCAGUGGACGUGCGUCGCGUCCGAGUCGCGCUACGUCACGGCGCGGCUCACCAACGGCAACCACAGCCUCGAGUGCGUGACGGCCAACGCGACGACCGACGCGUGCCUCUUUGCGUCGCACGCCGACGAGUGCUCGUCGCCGACCGGGUUUAUCUAUUCGUGCACCAACUACACGCACGGGUCCCGGGACCCGACACCAGCCUGCGUCGCGCUCUACAGCUCUCUAGUCCGCGGCGACGCGCUUUCGCUACCGUCGACGGUCUUGUACUUCUACUACAACGGGCUAACGUGGGCGUCCGCAUCGUAA